AAAGGCGAUAAUAAAAUAAUAACACACGGAUGUAAUAAAUGAAGGGAGAAAAGAAGGAACGUCGGCAGGAAGGAAUGAAGAGCGGAAGACUGGUGGAAGAGGAGAAAGAGAGGAGGAGGAGGAAGAAAAUGCAACCGGGGACUGGCAAGGAGUGUGUGUGUGCGCGCGCGGGAGGGAGGAGCAUCGCCGAAGCAUCAAGACCACCAAUAGUAGCGUCAACGACAACGGCAACGGCAACGGCAGCGGCAGCUUUACCAGCGGCGGCAUCUCCCCCGUGCACGAUGAGUGCGAGGGACGAGGAGCACGAUUCCUGCGCUGGCGAGCCUGAGAACGCGCUGCCCCUGCUCCAGGAACUCGCCGACCUGCCCUGCACGUCCGUACAGCAAAAGCUCAAUCGCUACUUUCAAGAUGCAACUGGUGCGAAAAUAUCGUUCCUGUCACCCGUACGCAAGGAAACCGAGGAAAUGGUCAUUCACGUUGUAGGCGAGAAAAUACUUGAGCAAGAAUUGAGGUUUCCAAUAAGGAGCGAUGGCUUGCAGCGAGCUAUGGCGAGCGGCCAGUCCCGCAGGGAACGCGUCGCCGACCUGGGCCCGGACCUCCUGGCGACCCUCGGCCUCGUCGUCUCGCCUUUGCCGGAUGCCUACCUCUGCGUGCCGGUCCAGCAUCCGAUAAAGCACCAAGUGGCCCUCGUCGUCUAUCUCGUGGGCUUUGCCGACGAAGCAGCGAGCGCCGAGCUCGUCUGCACGAAAAUAGUCCAGGAAUGCUUCAGAUACUGUCUUAGUCUAUUGCUGAGCACUCUAAGGUGUCAGGAGGAAACGCGUCUCAAGCUGCAGUGUCAAGAUUUAUUGGUCGUCUCGAAGAAACUCUUUACGCGCCUUGGAGACCUGACGGACCUGCUUCGUGAAAUAAUGACGGAGGCCAGGAAACUGACGAAAGCCGAGCGCUGCUCACUGUUCCUCCUGGAGGCCGAACAUCAAGAGCUUGUGGCCAAAGUUUUCGACGGACUUCCGACCGAGGAAUCCACUCAAGAAAUGCGAAUUCCUCUUGGUCAAGGAAUAGCGGGUCAUGUCGCAAUAACAGGAAAGUUGCUUAAUAUUAGAAAUGCGUAUGAUCACCCGCUGUUUUAUCGAGGAAUAGACGAAGCCACUGGCUUUAAGACGAGAAACAUUUUAUGCUUUCCCAUAAGAGACGAGAAUGGAAUUAUUGGUGUAGCUCAACUGUGCAAUAAAAUAAAUGGACUUUAUUUUGACGUAUUUGACGAAGAAGUGGCAAUGGCUUUCAGUAUUUAUUGCGGUAUCUCUAUAAUGCAUAGUAUUGUUUACAAAAAAAUCCAAGACGCCCAGGCCAGGAGUAAACUUAGUAACGAGCUUAUGAUGUAUCAUAUGCAGGUAGAGGAAGAAGAUGUUCAGGCUUUAUUGAACUGUAGAGACGAUCAUAAUAUAAAAGAUUUCGAUACAUUUAGUUUUUGCCCUCGUACUGUACCUUACAGACAUAUGCCUUGUUAUGUGUUGAAAAUGUUUGCAGAUUUGGAUUUUAUUCGACGGUGGAAAAUCCGAAAGAACGUACUAGCGAGGUUCAUACUGUAUGUGAAAAAAGGUUAUCGCGAUGCGCCUUAUCACAACUGGAUGCAUGCAUUUUCAGUAGCUCAUUUUGCCUACUUGCUUAUGAAAAAUCUAAAUUUAGUGAGGGAUGGUUACAUGAGCUCAUUGCAAGCAUUAGUCUUUCUUGUAUCGUGUUUAUGUCACGAUAUCGAUCAUAGAGGAACCAACAAUUCCUUCCAAACUAAGUGUGGAACUAUACUAGCCAGUCUAUACAGUUCCGAAGGAUCUGUAAUGGAAAGACAUCAUUUGGCACAAUCAAUGUGUAUUUUGAAUACCGAAGGCUGCAAUAUUUUUGAGAAUCUCAGUAGCGAAGAAUAUAGCGAGGCCCUUGAUUUACUCAGAAAUAAUAUUCUCGCUACGGAUCUUGCGUCACAUUUUAGAAGCGUAGAUGAGCAGCGAGAGGUGACAAAAGAAGGAUACGACAAAAAUAAUCCUAAGAAUCGAAAAAUUUUGCAUGCAAUGUUUAUGACGUGUUGUGAUCUUAAUGAUCAGACGAAAAAUUGGAGAGUUUCGAAACAGACAGCGGAACAAAUAUAUGACGAAUUUUUUUCUCAAGGUGAUUUAGAAAAAAGUAUGGGAACAGCACCGAUUGAGAUGAUGGACAGGGAACGAGCAUCAAUACCAGAUCUUCAAGUUCAAUUUAUUACAAAUCUGGUUUUGCCAUUGUUUACGAAUUUAGCAACGUUGUUUCCAUCGAUGCAAUCUAUAGUGCACAUAAUUGAGAGAAAUCGUGAAAUAUGGAGAAUAGCUACGGCCGUGUUUCAGAAAUAUAGUGAGAAAGGAAUGACUGGAAUGGAUAUUUUACUGAAUGCACAUUUGGAAGAAGAAGUACUUUUAAAUUUUGAUAAUUCUGAUGAAAUAUCCGUAAGUCGGACCUCUAGUAGUAAGAUAAAUUUUGAUUUAGAAAGUACAACUUUUGGCGUUUGAAAAAUCAUUAUUAUUCAAGC